AAAGUGUAGUAUUGGGAAAGAUUUCAUAUUUUCUUAGAAGAUGGAAAAGGAAACAUUACAUGUUGAUAAAUCAUGUAAGUUAAUUAGUGAAUUAACUGAUAAAUUACCAGAGGAGAGUGAAAAGUGCAAUAGAAAAACUCUGGACAAGUCAGUACAAAAUCUGAAAGAGAAUUUAAAGGAAAGUAUUGCCAUUAAUAGAAAAACUCUGGACAAGUCAGUACAAAAUCUGAAAGAGAAUUUAAAGGAAAGUAUCGCCAUCAAUAGAAAAGAUGAAGGUAAAGAAUGUCAGGCUGAACAAAAAAACAUUUGUGGUAAUGAAUCUGAUACCACAUUGACAGAUACAGGAUUAAUAACCUCUUAUCAACAUAAAGGUGAGAAAUCAGAAGUCGGUCAUCUUAUGAUGUUAAAGAUUCUUUCAGACUCUAUAGAUGAAAGAGACUUCAGCCACAAUAAUUUUCUACCUGAUAAGAAUAAUAAUGCAAACCUUCCACAAACUGAAAGAUGUAAAACGCCACCUACAGUAAGACCAAAAGAUGGGGAGAGAAACUGUAAAAUAUCCAAUCCCAUUCCAUGUACCGAAGCAUCAAGAAAUUUGUCAUCACAUAAAGGUGGAUCAUUGCAUAAUGUUGAAAAUGAAAGGUUGUCUUUAUCUGGAUUGGUUAGAGUUUUAGGAGAAAGAGAUGAUAUACUAGACAUAAAACAUAUUAAAGAUUUAGAAUAUAUAUGGAAUUGUAUAAAACCAGACAAAAAAGACGGUAAAAAAUGUGCUGCUGUAGAGAUUGUUGUCAAAGCAGACUACAAUAUCAUCUUUAAAAACUGUCUAAAACAUUUAAAAGAUGUUGAUUUCGAACAAACAGAUUCUUUUACAGGAUGGCAUCAAGUUAAGUCCAUGUUAAAUGUUGCUUGGAUGUUGUCUGAUUCAAGUCCAUUGUUUUGUAAGCAAACAAUUGAUGAUACGGAAGCACUUCAGAACUUAUAUAAUAUAAUGAGACUGAUCAUAGAAUGUGAUAUGUUUGAAGAAAACAAAAAUCUAAAAUACAUUAUCAAAGCUUUUCUUGGAAUUCUGCACAAUACAUGCAGACAUUGUUCUAAUUUUAAAGAAUGUUUGAGAAGCUGUCCAUUUCUGUCUGUGAUGUUAAGAUUAUCAAAGACCAAGAUUGCAAUGAUACGAGCUAAAUGUUUGAUUGUGAUGUCAUACAUAGUCAAUGAUUCAGAAAUUCAUGUUGUCAGUACCGACUGUAAAGUACUUGUGUUUAUCAUUGAAAUUCUGAAAAAUGCAAAAUGUUCUGAUGAUCACAUGUCAUACAAAUAUGGGAUGAAUGUUUCAGAAAUACUUCAUGGUUUGAAUAAUCUGUUGGCAAAUGAUGAAAACAAGGAGAAACUAAUGUCAUUAGAAGUUUUGAAUCUCUAUUUAGAAAUCUUAUCCGAGAAGUUUUCAGAUGAAGAAGUAUGUUUAACUGUAGUGGGUAUUUGGAAAUUGUCUUUCCAUGACUCAAACAAAGAGAAAAUGAAGACGAAUUCUCAACUUUUAGAAGAACUGGGCAGACUACAACUUUCCAACAAAGAGGAUGUCAGACAUGCUGCAAGAGGUGCAUUGUGGGAAAUUAACCAACAUGUUGAAGGUCCUAAUCUUAACAUCAACUCUGUUUGGUUUGCUUUAUUUUCUAAUUUAGUGCUAGAAGUAGAUUGUCCACAUAUUAUGAUAAGUUAUCAGUGGGACAGCCAAUCAGUGAUGUUAAAGGUCAAAGACAGACUGAAGGAUGCUGGAUACAAAGUUUGGAUGGAUGUAGAGCAUAUGACUGGUUCCACAUUGGAAGCUAUGGCACUGGCAGUAGAAAAAGCAGCAGUGGUGUUAAUCGCAAUGUCUCAAAAGUAUAAAGACAGUCCUUCAUGUAGAUCAGAGGCUGAAUAUACAUAUAAACUAAGGAAGAGUUUUAUCCCUCUACGACUUCAGCAUCGUUAUGUACCAGAUGGCUGGCUGGGCAUGCUCAUUGGAACUAGAUUGUACUUUGAUAUAAGCAGUGAAGAUAAAAUAAAUCAUCAGAUGGACAAUAUUAUGAAGGAACUUGGGAAUCGUGGAAAGAUUGGUACUCAUACAGAUGCUGUGGAUGGGUACACAAAUACAAAACAAGUAAACACAGCAGUAAAUAGACUGAGAUAUGAAGAUUGGUCCACUAUAGAUAUAUCAUCCUGGUUAUCAGACAACUCGGUUAAAUUACCUGAGAACAUACAAAAGGAGCUGGAUGGGCCAUUACUGAAAGAACUUAUGACUAUGCAGGACAGGGCACCAGAACAUUUCUACAGACUUUUACAAACUGAUUUUGGUUUGGAAGUAAUUGAUAUGCUGAGAUUCUCAAAGUUAUUAAGACAAUUGAAUACUUUAUAAUGUGUUGGUAAAUCAUUGAGCUAUAUAGUCAUUCUUACUGUAUGUUAGAUUACGUGAAGGGAACCUGUAUAUUAGGCAAAAAAAAAUAUAUGUCUGUUUACGGUUACCAGACUGACCCUACUUUUGAGCGCCCGACCCUAAAUCAUUUUAUUCCCAUUGUCAAGUGAAAAAUUAACUGAACUUGUAUCAAAAGGGAAGUUAAAGUUGCCAAUAAUAUAAAUCCAUUGCCUGAUACAUCUAAAUGUUCACAAUUGUGAAUAUGACAGCUGUUUUAAGAAACUCCCGACUCGUGUGAUGAAAUAAUCACUUUGCCGCCAUUUUUUCCAACCAAUAACCAAGGGAAAUAAUCCAAUCAUUAAAAAUACGGGUAAACUCGGACCACAGCAAGAUGGACCGCAUGACUCAAAAUCAUGUCGCAAAAAAUAAAAUGGAAAUACAGACCAACCUACCCUGUUUUUUUUAUACCACCGCAAAAAAAUUUUGCGGUCGUAUAUUGGUAUGACGUUGACGUCGUCCGAAGACAUAUUGGUUUUCGCACUUUAACUUUAGUUUAAGUGAAUGGAUCUCUAUGAAAUAUUACCAUAAGGUUCAAUACCACAAAAGGAAGGUGAGGAUUGAUUAUGGGGGUUAUGGUACCAACAGUUAAGGAAUUAGGGGCCAAAAAUAAGCAUUUUUGUCACUUCUAGACAUAACUUGUGUGUUAGUGUAUGGAUCUCUCUAACAUUGUACCACAAGGUUCCAUAUCACAAAGGGAAAGCUGGAAUUGAGUUUGGGGGUAAUUGCCUCCAAAUUUUAGGAAUUAGGGGCCAAAAAGGGGCAAAAAACAAGCAGUUUUCUAGUUUCAUGACAAUAACUUGUGUGUAAGGGUAUGGAUCUUUAUGAAAUUGUACUACAAUGUUCCAUAUCACAAAGGGAAAGCUGUAAUUGAGUUUGGGGGUAAUUGCCCAAAACGUUUAGGAAUAAGGGGCCAAAAAGGGGCCAAAAAUAAGCAUUUUUCUAGUUUCCAGACAAUAACUUGUGUUCAAGUGUAUGGAUCUCUCUGAAAUUGUACUGCAAGGUACCAUACCACAAAGGGAAGGCUGGGAUUGAUGUUGGGGGUAAUUCCCUCAAAAUUUUAGGAAUUAGGGGCCAUAAAGGGGCAAAAAAACAAGCAUUUUUCUAGUUUCAUGACAAUAACUUGUGUGUAAGUGUAUGGAUCUUUAUGAAAUUGUACUACAAGGUUUCAUAUCACAAAGGGAAAGCUGGGUUUGAGUUUGGGGGUAAUUGCCCUAAACUUUUAGGAAUUUGGGGCCAAAAAGGGGCCAAAAAACAAGCAUUUUUCUAGUUUCCAGACAAUAACUUAUGUUAAAGUGUAUGGAUCUCUCUGAAAUUGUACUGCAAGGUACCAUACCACAAAGGGAAGGCUGGGAUUGAGUUUGGGGGUGAUGAAUCAUAAGGGGGAUUUUUUUUUCAUUUUUUUUCUUUAAAAUUUUCCAUUUUAAAUUGGUUAUUUCUGAUUUAUAUAUAAAAGCAAAUAAUAAUGAUAUGGUUUGAAUAGGUAAAUUAAAAAAAAUUUAAGUUCUUAGACCACAUUCAUUCUGUGUCAGAAACCUAUGCUGUGUCAAAUAUUUAAUUACAAUCCAAAUUCAGUGCUGUAUCAAGCUUGAAUGUUGUGUCCAUACUUGCCCCAACUGUUCAGGGUUUCGACCUCUGCGGUCGUAUCAAGCUGCGCACCAGCGGAGCAUUUUAUUAAAAAUGUAACCUUAAACAGGUACUUUUUGGCCUUAGUUCUUAAACUGAUACUGUGGAUUCAUUAUUAUUCGUUGGGUACCAGUUUUCAUGGAUUUUGUGGGUAAAGGUAAACGACAAAUUUAAACGUUGAAAUGAAGUAUAUAUAUUCUGUAGGCUUGUAUACAGAGUUAAGCAAAACCACAAAAUCUAAUAUCCACAGAAAUGCAAUUGUUCCUCAAUCCACGAAAAUUUGUACCCAAGAAAAUAAAUGAAUCCUCCGUAAGUCAAAUUUGAUAUGAGAAACGUAAAGACCUGCUUCAACAAAAGAUGCAGUACAAAUUAUUACAUUUGUAAUUAAAACAUGUGUUACUUUUAUAAAUUGUAACUUGGAUGGAGAGUUGUCUCAUUGGCACUCAUACCACAUCUUCCUAUAUCUAUGUUACAUGUUAAGUACUGACUUGCAGUCAUUUGUUGAGAUCUUCUUUAUGGGAAACAUUUUAGUAACAUAACAUUUCUGGUAUUUAUGUGUCUUGUGAUCGUUUUCCCCCACAUCUCCCUUUUAUUUUUAUAUUCAUCUGCCUUGACAUUUAUUCAGUGAAUUUGAACUUUGACUUUUAUAUGUUAAUUUCGAUUUCAAUUUUAAGCAAUCUACUUAAUUACAUGUAUACUGUGAUAUUAAUUGUUUUUGAAUACACAUGUAUUUAAUAUCAAUGUUUACUGUAAUAGCCUUUCAACUGUGAUAAUUUUUUACUGGUUUUGUCAUAAAGCAUUUAUCAGAGAAUGUAUUUAAUGUAAGCCAUAGUGUAAUUGUUUAAACUAAUACUGUAACAGUCGGAAAACAAAAUUCCUGUUUUUUUCUUAUUUCCAUGAUAUGUACAAAGGCAAAACAGAAAAAGUCUCAAAAGCAUUUUUACUCUCGUGCUGCAAGUUAUGAAAUUAAUUGGAUGUUAUAAUUGCACUAGUUCUCAAUGUGAUUGGAUGAAUAUUUAAAACUUUCACUUUAUUAAUUUUUCCGGUAUAUAGUCUUCAACAGGAAUUGAAUUAUAAAUGAGAUAAAUUCCCACAUUUUAUCCUUAAUUUCUAUUUAAGCAAUGGAGUAGGAGCAAUGAGGCCUUUAUUUAGCCCAAAAUUAUAGUGCAAAAGAUCUUCAAUUUGCCAUAACAUGACUAAGGUAAAAGAUGUUCAGAAAAUAAAAAAAAAAUUUCAAAUUGGACAAGUUACCAUGGGAACAAACCAUGGAGAAAAAUAUUUUUAUAUUAUAGAUUAUGAUAAGAGCCAUUAUCUCCUUUAAUUUUUUGUUAAGACUGAAAAAAGCUCAAAGCAAGCUUCUCUAAAAUCAUAUUGUUGUUUCUUGGCUGUGUACAAUGUUUCCACAAAGUAGUUAUUAAAAACAUCAUUUCCUUAAUGAUACAUUAAAUCCUAUUUUUGGCACAAGAAAAAGACAUGUGUGUACACCUUUACUGAAGUGACCAUAGAAAUAAAACAGUUUUAACAAAAGACUCUUGAAAUGACUGUAUUUACAGUAUUAGUUUAAAAUCACUUGUUUUGCUCUGUGAGAAGAUAUAAAUUCUCUGUCCCCUGUCUCAGAUCUUGUUUUUAAAAACUUUUUUUAAUGUAUUAUUCAAUGAAUCGUAAUUUUUUUACAUUAAAUUCUGUAUUGUAUCAAA